CCUCCUUCUCUUCCUUCUCCCAUCUCUCUCCGUCAACUCCUAGGACUCUGCUGCCUUCCCCCCCAUCCCUCCUUCUCCAUCAUCCCCCCUCCCUGGUCUUUUAACCCAUCUCUUUCUCUUCGGUCUGGUGGUUCCCAACGGGGCCGUAGCUCCUGACCCUACCGGCUGCCAGCUCAGAUGGCGGGGUGUUCCGAAGGGGCCGUGCGGGACCUGUGGGAGGUGAGACGCAGGCCCGGGAACGAUGUCUGUGCCGACUGCGGAGAGCCAGAUCCCGAGUGGGCUUCCUACACGCUGGGCGUCUUCAUCUGCCUGAAAUGCUCCGGCAUCCAUCGCAACUUGCCCGAACUGAGCCGGGUCAAGUCCCUGCAGAUGGGGCACUGGGAGGAGACGCAGGUGAAGUUCUUGGCUCAGCACGGCAACCUGGUGGCCAGAGGCACGUACGAGGCCCUUGUCCCUGCCUACUACUACCAGCCCAACCAGGCCGACUGCCAGGUCCUGAGGGAACAGUGGAUCAGGGCUAAGUAUGAGCGCCAAGAGUUCUCGUCUCCAGAGCAGAAGUUGCCGUAUUCCAACGGGCAGCGGGAGGGAACCCUGUGGAAACGGGGCCGGGACCAGGCCCAGUACCAUCCCUGCCGCUUCCUGCUGUCCGAGAGGGACAGCUGCCUCAAGUACUUCUCCAAGCAGGAUUCCAGGGAGCCCAAGAUGACCAUCCAGGUGGACAGGAUCAACGCCAACUUCCAGCCGGAGAAGACAGGCCAAGCCCACGGCCUGCAGCUCACCUUCCUCCAGGACAACCGCACGCGCAACCUCUUCGUCUACCACCCCGACGGCAAGGAGAUCGUUGACUGGUUUAACAGCAUCCGCUUCGUCCAGCUCCACUACCUGAAAGUGGCCUUCCCUAAGGCCCGUGAUGAUGAGCUCCGAGACCGACUCACCUGCAGCUUUCUGAAGGAGGGCUACAUGGAGAAGAGAGGGCCCGGGCCCCGGGACGGCUUCAAGAGACGCUGGUUCACCCUGGAUCGCCGCAGGCUCAUGUACUUCAAGGACCCUCUGGAUGCCUUUGCCAAGGGUGAAGUAUUUAUAGGCAGCCGGGAGCAUGGCUACGAUAUCAGGCGGGGUCUGCCCCCGGGGGUCCCGCAGGGGCACGGGACCUGGCAGCACGGCCUCACCCUGGUCACCCCGGACCGCCACUACCUCUUUGCCUGUGAGAUGGAAAGCGAGCAGAACGACUGGUUUUCCACCUUUUCCAGAGUCAUCGAAAAGCCCAUGACGCCACAGGAUCAUGCCAUGGAAGCUAAUUUCCUGCGUGGGCCUUAGGAUGGGCUGAAGUUGUUCCUCUCUUCCCUGCUGGUGGCAGAAAGGAGGAGCCGACCCCAACCUGCUCUGCCGGCAGAUCACUGGGCCUAAGAAAGCAGAUGUUCCCGUGUCAGUUUUCCUGUCUGGGAAAUGGGAAGGAAAAAUUAGCCUUUGCCAGGAGUGCCCUGCCGAAGACCGAGAGAGGCCUCAGCCAGAAGAGCAUUUAUCUCAGUGCCCAUGACCCCACCCUUAGAUAUAUCCCUCCUCAUCCUCCUGCUAAAAGGGGAAGGGUUGAAUCGGCUCACCCAAUUCCCCUUCUCCCUUUGUGCUCCCCUGCUUCCUGUGGAUUAGAGUUUGGGGUGGGGAAAGCUAGGCGGGAGGAGCAGAGAGGGGAGCCCCACACCGAUUUACCAGGAGGGCAACCGGGAGAGGGAGUAAAGGGGGGACAGGACCCUAAUGUACAGCCCCCCUGGUGAAGCAGAGGGAGCAGCCGGGCCCCGAGAUGAGAACAGAAGAGAAAAGGGCAAGAGCGGUCAGUGACCCCCUGCUCCAGGGGAAGUGGACCCCCUCCACCAAGGCCACGGCCCCCCAAGACCUGGCCACCUUCAGCCACCAUCUUGCCUGGAGAGUGGCAGGACACGGGCCCUCGCUGCCUUCUGCCCUUUGUGUCCUGAGUCUGAUCGGUGACCAUGAGCCCUCGGCAUGGUGGUGGCAGGGAGUCCAGCCCCCUGAGGAAGCUGCUCUGCCCUCUCGCUUGGUCCCCUGGGGCCUCAUGGCCCUGCCUGACUUCCCUUGGGCACCAGACUGGCCUGCUUCUCUCCACCGUCUGGGAGGUCUCAGACCUGGGUCAGCCACAUACUCCUGACUUCACCCACCUGCCCACUCUGUUUUGUUCUAUGGUUACCUCAUCUAUAAAACGGGGAUUAAGACUGUGAGCCCCAUGUGGGACUGGGACUGUGUCCAACCUGAUU